CAACAUUUUGCAUCUGUUUUCUUACUUAUAACUCCCAUUAUUCCUGAUUAAAUCCCAAUUUUCCUGUAAGAAUUACACAAUAUGGUUGUCAGGAAACCAAAUCUCAGAAUGACAACCUCAAUUCUUCAUCUUCUCAUCCACAUCUUUAUUUAUGCUUUACUUCUAAGCCAGACUACACAGCAUGCAAACCAGAGAGCAGCAGAAACACUUGUUUCUUGGAAGAACACCCUCUCUACUUCCAUCCUGGAUUCCUGGUCCAUGAAGACUAGCCAAAGCAUCUGUACUUGGAAGGGGAUUGUCUGCAACUUUGCUGGAACCAUCUCUCAGCUUAAUCUGCCCGGGGAAAGCAUUGCAGGUACGCUUGUUGGGCUUGAUUUAGCCGCCCUGUCUAACCUUACCUGCCUCGAUCUAAGCAAGAACUAUUUCACGGGGCCGAUACCUUCUGCUGUUGGCAGCCUCCUUAAGCUCUCGGUUCUUGAUUUGAGCAGUAACAUGUUCACCGGGGCGAUCCCUAUUGAGAUUGGGCAGUUGAUGGAGCUUCGGUACCUGAACCUCAAUGCCAAUUCCCUGAAUGCUGCUAUUCCAUUUCAAAUUAGUAAUCUUCAGAAGUUGCUCGUGUUGGAUCUCCGGGAUAAUUUCCUGGUUAGUCCGGAUUGGUCUAAGUUCCGGGGCAUGCCCUUAUUGACACAUCUUCAGCUUAGUAACAAUGAUCUGACUCUGGAAUUCCCACUGUCUUUCAUUUCAGGUUGCCCAAAUCUAGUUUACCUUGAUCUGUCACAGAAUAGUUUCACAGCCCAAAUCCCAGAAUCUGUAUUCUCCAUUCUGGAAAAACUGGAGUACCUUAAUCUCACCAGAAACUUGUUCUGGGGUGCUUUCCCUACGAGUCUCACCAAGCUGUCCAAGUUGAAAGACCUUCGCCUCGGACAGAACAAUAUUUCGUCCCGGAUUCCUGUUGAAAUUGGAUCCAUGGAAAGCCUUCAGGUACUCCAGCUCCAUGAGAAUUCAUUCCAUGGAAACAUCCCAUCUUCUAUAGGCCACCUAAAAGAUCUUCACAGCCUAGACCUAUCAAAAAAUCAACUUAAUUCUGGGAUUCCUUCUGAACUUGGGCUAUGCACAAAGCUUGAGUACUUGUGUCUGGACCAUAACUCCUUAGCUAGUGAAAUCCCUUCCACUAUGUCCAAGUUAACCAAGCUAGUCGCGUUACGCUUGUCUGAUAAUGAGCUUUCGGGAGAACUAUCCCCACAUCUCAUUGGUAACUGGACACAGUUAAUUGAAUUGCAGCUUCAGAACAAUUCAGGCUUGAUCCCGUCGAAGAUUGGAAAUUUGAGAAACUUAUAUAAUCUUGACCUGUCAGAAAACCACCUCUCUGGUCCAAUACCUCCAACCAUUGGAAAUUUGACAGAGCUUUCUCAGCUGGAGCUUUCCUUCAACAAUCUUAAUGGAACAAUCCCAUGGGGAAUAGGAUACUUAACAUCACUGGCUUCUCUCUCCCUAGGCUCUAACAUGCUUCAAGGGCCUAAGGAUUUAUCAAUGAUUUGCAAUGCCACUUUGCUCCAAACUCUUUCUUUGCACAGCAACAACCUGGAAGCAGUGUUUCCAGACUGUUUGGGAUACUUUAGCAGUGAAUUGCAUGCACUGGAUCUAGGGAAUAAUCACUUUCAGGGCGGAAUUCCGGAAACCCUUUGCAGUGCCCAACGCCUCGGGUUUCUAGACCUCUCGAACAACAGCUUCAGCGGGGGAAUCCCGAGCUGCAUUGGCAACUUAAACCAUUUGACAUAUUUGAACCUUGCAGUGAACCAGUUUGAAGGAGGUAUUCCUGAGGGGUUUUGCAGGUUAGUCCUGGUUGAAAUUCUUGAUCUCUCUCGAAAUUCUUUGAGCGGCGCAAUCCCGCCAUGCCUGGGGAAUCUAAGCACAAAGAUGUCAGUACUAAACCUCGGGACGAAUCGGCUCCAUGGACACAUUCCUGCACAAAUUGCAGAGGGGAAUAUUCUGCAGACACUCCAGUUAAACCAGAACCAAUUGGAAGGGCCUUUACCUCGUACCCUCAUCAACUGUAGGAUGCUAGAAAUCCUAGAUGUUGGAAACAACAACCUCAGUGAUUCAUUCCCCACCUGGUUGGAUUCUCUUCCAAACCUGAUAGUUCUAGUCUUGAGAUCUAAUCAUUUCCAAGGACCCAUUAUUGGCAACUCUACCCCCAAUUCUCCAUUCCCCAUGUUACGAAUCUUCGAUCUCUCCAGCAAUCACUUGAGUGGCCAUUUGCCAACAUAUUAUUUGCAGCAUUUCACUGCCAUUGCAAAUGGCAUCACAAAUGGCUUAUCAGCAACAUACCCUGGAAGCUCAGCUUAUUCAUACGAAACCUCUGUAACGCUGGUGGUGAAAAGACAAGAAAUUUCGGUGAAAAGAAUCCUGAAUCUUUACACCACCAUUGAUUUAUCAAGCAACAUGUUCCAAGGAAAGAUUCCUAGUAUCAUAAGACUAGAUUCUCUUAGGCUGCUCAACCUGUCUCAUAACCAAUUAACCGGUAAGAUUCCACCCACGAUUGCUGAUCUUUCUCUGCUUGAAUCUUUAGACCUGUCUUGGAACCAAUUGAGUGGGGAGAUUCCUGGGCAAAUGCCGAAGCUCACAUUUCUUGGAGUUUUGAACCUCUCUUAUAAUCAUCUUCUUGGGAAGAUACCGCGAAGUGGACAAUUUGAUACAUUCGGAAACGACUCGUAUUUGGGGAACAAAGGGCUAUGCGGAUUCCCGAUGAGAGUGCAGUGUGAAGGAGAAGAUGGAAGAGUGGCGGAAAAGGGAACAGGAGAAGAGGAGGAUUCAAGAUUCCUCAAUGGAUUUUCUUGGGAGAGUGUUCUUAUAGGGUUUGGAUCCAGUUUUCUAAUUGGAUUUAUAGUUGGAUAUCGACGUGUAAACGUGAAGUGGUUUACUGCAUGAGAACAAGGGGUGAUGACUUUUUUGUGCAAAAAAACAAGGAAGAGAGAUAAAAUUAUGCAGAUUUAAAAAGUUGGAUAUUUGCGUGUAAAUUACCAUUGGUACUGUAGGGUAAUGGUAAAAUUCAUUUAUAUUUAUUAGUCAUGUUAACUUUUUGUCCCUAAACUAUAAUUGAUGUGAUAAUUUUUUUUUAAAUAUGUCGUACUCAAUUUUCGUCUC